AUUCUUUUGUGUAUAUUUGUGUUGUUGUAGCAGGUAUGUCGGGUUAGGCUAUUAGGUGACGCAGAUCGUGAGUCCGAGGACCGGUCAAGACACGAGUCAUGAAAUUGUCUUCGUUCGUCAUUUGGGUUACUAUGCUACAUAUAUAUUCAACACGAACAAAAACGUCACAUAGGAUUUCGUCAGAGAAAAAAAACUAUUUAAACCGCCACAUCAAAUAAAUGGAAAGCUAUUUUGUCAGGUAAUGUACAUCUGAAGGUGACUCCUCCCUAGACCUGAAAACGAUUGAAUUGGCGCAGGAGACGUGAUCAUGCGCAUUCAGGGAAGCACGAUAGAGUCGUCACAAGGCUUACAAAAUGGCGCUGGUACUGGUAUUGUGUAUGACGUCACUAUGGAGCAUAGCCCAGGCAGUCAAAAUACAGACCUACAAUGUGGGCCUAAUCAAUCAUAUUGAUAACUACAAAAUUCGGAAACGAAACAUCAUCCGGGAACUAAAAUCUGGAGAUUAUGACGUCAUGUGUCUUCAAGAGAUGCAUUACGGAAGUGACCUAACUUUGCUAAAGAAGAAAUUAGACAAAAGCGUUUAUGUCUACCAUCCGUCUCUUUACCAGGAAACAAUGUUAUGGGGCAGCAUAAAUGCUCCCCCAUGUCACAAUGCACCACUGACAACACUCGAUGUACUCUACAACUGUGCUUUCCUGGCAAAUGAUCUAGCAGCACUUGCAAAAUGUGUCACUGAACGUGAUUUGAUGACCGAAAGCCAAGGAUGUAUUACCUGUCUCCUCGUUUCCGGUUGGGACGUGUCACGGUGCUUUAACUACAUCGCGAGAGAGGCUAUAAAUAUCCCAGGACUCGUGCUUCUGAGUAAGAGGAAGAUAGACACCAUGAAGACGGUCGAGUUUGAGCCGGGCGUCAAACAGAUCAGCAAACGUGCAUAUAUAGAAGCCGAGAUUGAAGGCGUGGGGACUGUUUUUUGCAGUCAUUCUACUUCCAACUCCAACAUCGAAUACUAUGAACCUUUUCUCCAAGAUGUGUACAGUAGCUUAGCAGAACAAAAUCUCAAUGACUCUCGUAAAUUAACGGACGCCGCCAACCUGUCAGACAAACCCGUGAUACUGGGAGACCUCAAUACUGGUCCCGUCAUACCAGCGUUCAACGUCUCAGCUGAAUUCGAAGAUUCCUACAAUCAUUUCCUGUCGGAGGGUUUCUCGUCGCCGUACGUUACCAUGGUACAGAAGUGUACUUUCUGCUCCCUGAAUCCUCUUGUAAAGAACUGGGAAACAAACGAAGUGCUGGAUCACGUGUUGAUAAGAAACCACACCGUCCUCAGUGCCAAGCGGCUUUUUGUCCAAAACAUUCCCAGGAAAAAUUAUCCGAUGUCGGAUCACUACGGAGUUGAGGUAGAGAUCGGAAACUGAAAUGUCAGAGCGAGACUGUCAAUGAAUGGAGAUGAAAUCGAUUUCUAUGUGUAUAGUGUAUAUUACAUGUGAAAUUCUAUAGUCCCAAAUCGCGUGACUUUCCUGAUUUACAUCACGUGACAUAUUUAAAUAGUUAUAGACAAACAUAGUCUAAUCUUUGAAGUAAUUUUAUCUCUACAACGACAUGAUAAUGUUAAUGUUGUAAAAGUAAAUGACUUAUUCUUUUACGAUUUCAAAUAAAAUCUGUCGCUGAAUUUGAUAAAAUUUUACAUUUGUUUUUUUGUCUGAUUUUUAAGGCAAUAUUUAUUUUAAGAUUCGAAGAAUUACAAUCUUGUUGUUUGAACGAGUGGAUUGUUUUUAUUUAUUUGAUCCAUAAACUAAAUAUAUGUUAUAUAUAAAAUUUCACUCUCGUUAAAGUCACAGGAUCCAGUUGAUAUGUCUAGUUUUCAGGGAAAAGUCUAUCAGCUUGAAUAAAUGAAUUUUGAAAAAUA